UGUAAACCUCAGGUUCUUUUCUUUGUGUAGAGAAGUAGAUGGAAGUUUGAAAUCACUUCCCAGAAACCAUGUUAACUGCGGAAUGGGGCUGGAACGCCUGGUUUCUGUUAUCCAACAGAAACAUUCAAACUAUGAUACGGAUCUCUUCAUGCCUCUGUUUGCUGCAAUUCAACAACCACAGGGUACAGGAGUACCACCAUACAAAGGUCAUGUUGGUGAAGAUGUGGAUGGCAUGGACAUGGCUUAUUGCGUGGUGGCAGACCAUGCUCGAACUCUGACAAUAGCUUUUUCUGAUGGAGGAUGUCCUGAUAACACUGGCUGAGGGUAAGUUAGUGCCUUUUACUAUUGUUGUGGUGUGUGUAGUAUACUCUGUUUAAAUUUGUUUGGGUAUCAACUGCUUUUGCUUAAAGUUGUUUAUAGUUUUCCUUAGAGUUUCCAGGUAAAUGUUGGACUAAUGAAACUCAGAGAUAGUUCUCCCUUUUUAAAUUUACUUAAAUACAAGGUUUACCAGAAAUUAGACCUUGUGUGUAUCUUGUUAAGCUUUUGUUAAUAAUAAGUUUGUGUAUUUAUAUUUCCUCGUAUUGAAAGUCAGUUUUCUUUUCCCCUCAGCUAUGUUUUAAGGCGCAUUCUGCGAUGAGCUGUGAGAUAUGCAACUGAGAAGCUGAUUGCUAAGCCUGGUUUCUUUGCAACUCUUGUUAACACAGAUGUUGACAUUCUAGGGGAUACAUUCCCAGAGCUGAUU